AUGUCUCAGAAUUCUCUCGCCAUGUCUUCCGCACUCUCAUCAAGCCAACCAAACAAAAUAACCAAGUCCCUCUUGCUCAACCUCCCCGCAGAAGUUAGGCUCAUGAUCUGGAAGGCCGCCUGGACCGUGGAUGGUAUUGGCAAAAGGUUCACUAAGGGCCAGAUCCGUGCCAUCGGCCUGCUGUGGAAGACCUGUCGUCAGAUGCGUGCCGAGGCAUACGCGGACCUUUUCAACCGGACCCAGCUGGUCUGCAGACGGCGUAACUACAGCCUCAGUAACUACCUGGACUGGAUGGACGACGCGGUUAUGGAGAUUCUCCUAAGGUCCAAUCUCAUCCACCAAAACAUCAGGCACGUCAGCUUGCAUUGGCGGCGACGUGGCGACUAUUACGACCUCAAGACCAUGAGAUGGCUGGCGACUGCGCCACAGCUUAGCACGCUGGAGAUUGUUUUUACGGACUCCGGGCUGCUUUCGAGUGCUGGUGUCGCAGAGGAUGGAAAGCCAAAUAAACUUAGCAAGCCGAAAAUGGAGGAGUAUUUUCACCAGAGCCGAUACGAUUUGGCACUAGAAGGACCGCGUGUUUUUGACACGACCACGGUGGAAUGGGGUCCGCGACGAACCCGGCUGUCGUUGGACAAGAUUACCUUCCGGCUCGAUUUCGAGCGUGCGGAGGAUAUCGAGAUCUGGGAAAAGACGGAAUGGUUCCGGGAUAUCAAGCGCAAGAUGGCGAAGGCUCAUCUCAAGAAGGAAGGCGAAGUAAGUGCAUACUCUCUCUACCAGAUUUUUUUUUUCGUUUCUUUUCUCUUCGGGGCUUACGACUAA